AUGACAACAGCUGUGAAAUGUGCUUUGAUAAUUGGCAAUGAUCGUUAUAGUCGUUCACCAUUGGAGUCAUGUAUUAAUAGCGCUAAAGACAUGAGUGAAGCUUUACAUUUGAUUGGAUUUCAUGCAAAAUUGAAAACAGAUCUUGCAUACAUGGAUAUGAAAAUUGUCACUGAACGAUUCAGAAAAUUCAUUCAAUCAGGCGCCAUUGUUUUGUUCUACUUCUCUGGUCGUGGCAAGGAAUAUGAUAGUAACAACUAUUUGAUGCCAAUAGAUUACAAUGGUAGAAACGGAAGUAAAAUACAAAAACGUUAUUUUAAUACUUCGGAACUGAUCAUAGAUAUGUAUGAACAACGUCCAAGUUUGAUCAUAGUUGUUCUGGAUGGUGCUCAAUCUCGUCAGUAUCCACAAUCGAUGCCCAUCCCUAGUGUCGUAGUACCCGCAUCGCUAAAGAAGGAGCAGGAGAUUAUUGCACCGAAGUACACACCACCACCGACAAUAUUUGCUUAUACAUGUGCAAAUGGUGCUUCAUCAAUCUUUACCAGUGAAGGAAAAUUUAAUAUAAAAUAUAAUCAAAUGAUGGCUACGGCUAUCGAACAAUUAGUGAUUGAUCCUCAAUCACGUUUUCUUGAAAUGAAAUCUCUUCAACCAUAUUCAACAACGGAUGAAUAUUUAUAUGCUAUGAAAGAAGAUCUUGCUGAUUGGCUUGCAAAUAUGUAUCCUGAAUGGUGUCCAAUAACAGCCGAUAAUUUUAUUGAAUCUUUAGAAAAUGGUGUACUUCUUUGUCAACAUGCUAAUAAUGUUAAUGCUGCAGCAAGAAAAAUUUUACCAUCAUCAUCAAUUUUAACUAAUUGUAAAUAUCGUUCAAAUGUUCGUCCACAAUCAUUUAAUGCACGUGAUAAUGUAUCACAAUUUAUUAAAUGGGCACGAUAUAUAGCUUGUGUUCGUGAAGUUCUUAUGUUUGAAUCUGAUGAUUUAAUAUUACGAAAAAAUGAAAAAAAUUUUAUUCUUUGUCUACUUGAAAUUGCUCGUUUUGGUGCUAAAUUUGGUGUUAGUGUACCAGCUAUAAUUAAACUUGAAGAAGAAAUUGAACGAGAAAUACAACGUGAUAAACAAAAAGAAAUUUUAUCAUAUGAAGAAGUCAAAUAUUUACAAAGAGAAAAUGAUGAAAAUGAAAAAAAUACAUUGAAUUUAAUGAAUUAUCAAACUAUUGUUGAUAAUAAUGAUGAUGAUGAUGCUAAUAAUAUUACUAAUAAUGAUAAUAAUAUUAAUAAAAAUGAUGACGAAAAUAAUAAUAAUAUUAAUAAAAACGAUGACGAAAAUAAUAAUAAUAAUAAUCAUCAUCAUCAAACAAAUGAAAAUUCAAAUAAUAUAUUUUCAUCAAUAACACAUAUAAAUGAUUCUAAUUCUUUAGAAGAAAAUUUAUCACAUAUACCAAAGUUUUCAAAUAAUAGUAAACGAAGACAAAAUAGUGAAGAAAGUUAUGACAGUACAACAUCAAGUGAAAUAAAUACAACAAUUAUAACAUCAAAUCAAGAUUCACAAUUAAGUCGAACGAUAGUAGAACGACAACAGUCAAUUGUACCACCAGUUUCAUCAUCACAUUUACAUAAGACAGUAGUCAAAAUUGCAAAUACAUGUUGUUGUUCACAACGUUUUCCUGUCAUACGUAUAGGUGAAGGUAAAUAUCGUAUUGGUGAAAGUGGAACAAUUAUAUUUAUUCGUAUCUUAAGAAAUCAUGUUAUGGUUCGUGUUGGAGGUGGUUGGGAUACACUUGAAAAUUAUCUCAAUAAGCAUGAUCCAUGUCGACGAUCAGGUAUUCAUCGUCAUUCUGAUCAUCAUCAUCAUUCUAACAUACCAAUUCUUGCUAUACCAAAUACAAAUAUAUCACCUAGUGUUCAAAAAAAUACUCCUUUUGGAAAAUCUAUAACAAUAAAAACUGACGAAUUUCCUUUACCAAAACCAGCUAUUCAUGAUACAAAUCUAGUCGAUGCUCAACUUGUUAUAACACGUGGUGCUGAUGGACGUCAUCAUAUUGGACAAAUAACAUAUAAAACAGAAGAAGAUAUUCUUAAUCAACCAUCUGUAUGUCCUCAUCAUCAUAAUCAAUCACUAUCAACACCACCACCACCAACAACAACAACAAAAAUAAAAAGUACACGUGUUACAGGACGUCUUACUCCUUCAUCUAUUUAUAAUAAACAAUCAUCUCCAAGUACAGAUCAAGAUUAUUCAUCAUUAACAGAAGCAAUACCUAGUAAACCACCAUCAUUAUCAUCAUCAUCAUCAUUAGAUAUUAAAGAUGAACCUAUCGAACAAACAAUCAAAACAUUACAUAUAAAUCCAAUUGAAAAUCAAUCUUUUCGAUCAUCUUCACCAAUAAAUAAAUUUCAAAUAGAAUCGCCUAUUGAUAUUAAAAAUCAUUCUUCUAAUGAUAAUAAAAAAAAUAUUAUUCAAUCAACGAAAACAUCGUAUCAAAAUUUAAAUAAAAAAAAAGGAAAUAUCAUCGAAUCUAUUAUUGAUACAAUUGAUGAUUAUACACAUGUAACAUCUUUUGAAACUGCACAUGAUUUUAAUAUUAGUGAUAUUGAAGAUGUAAUGGAAAUUAAUAAAAAAUCAAAUUCAAAUGAUGAUACAACAAAUAUGGAUAAUGAUAGUUUAGAAAGUAGUGAAGGUAUAUUAGAAGAAAAACCAAAAUCAUUACCACCACCACCAUCAUCUAAUUCACAUUCACCUAAAAAAUCAACUGGAUAUUGUUCUACAUAUUAUUUAGCACAAAAACAAAAAUUUCAACAAGAACAAGCUGCUAAUCGUAAACGAUCUAUAAGUAAUUUAAAUAAAUAUUCUUCAAGAUCAACAACAUUAUUAAAUGUUGUUGAAGGAGUUAAAAAAGAAGAACAAUUAACAAAACAACGUCGUAAACCAUUACUUGCUGUUAAACGAUCACAAUCAUCGGAAUGUAUUGACAAAAUUCUUGAUAUAUCAAAAAUUGAUCGAGAUUCUGGAUUUGAUGAACAAGAUUUUCGUCGUGAACGUUUACAAUCAAAUGGUGAUGAUAAUUCAAGUAUAUCAUCAAUAAAAAGUCCACGAAAUUUAACAAUAAAUUCAACUAAUUUUGAUUAUAGAGAAAAUAAAGCAUAUGAAUUACGUAUGAAAAAAUUAGAUAUUAAACGUAAUACAAGUGAAAAAGAAUCAUCAAUAAAAAUAGGACGAAAUUUGAAUUCAUCAACAAAACGUACAAAUACUACAAAUCUUCCAAUACCAUCAUCAUAUAAAUAUCGAAGAAAUAGUCAACCUAUUGUUAAUCUCAAAAAACAACAAGAACAACAAUCAUCACAAAAUACAACUGUAAUUCUUUAA